GCGGUGUGGCAGUUUCAUUUAUCUGCAAAACUACUACUAAUUAGAUUAUUCUGCAAUUUAUUACAAUAAUAUUAAAAACUUUAUAAGAUGCAUAAGGAUGUUUGGUAUUGGAAUAUCAGGGUAAUAUUUAUAAAUCUUUUAGUAAUUCAAGGGGUAUACAAAACGCAAGGUGUAAGGUUUUACUCAAAGGAUCGUGUGCUUGAGCUAAGAGAAAAAGUACGAGCAAUGUUCCAGCAUGCUUAUGAGGGUUACUUGGAGCACGCUGCCGGCUAUGACGAGCUGCGACCCUUGACGUGUGAUGGCGUUGACACCUGGGGUAGCUAUUCCCUGACACUAAUUGACGCGUUAGAUACCCUGGCGACUAUGGGUAACUAUACCGAGUUUCGAAGAGUAGUAAAACUACUGGAAACCAUGGACUUCGAGAAAGACAUAAACGUUUCCGUUUUCGAAACAAACAUACGAAUUGUGGGCGGUUUGCUUUCAGCGCAUAUGCUGGCAAAACGAGCCGGUGUGACAUUGGAGCCAGGGUGGCCAUGUCAAGGAUCCUUACUACGAUUAGCGGAGGACGUGGCAAGACGUUUAUUACCAGCAUUUGAUACAGCUACUGGAAUGCCCUACGGUACAGUCAAUUUGCGAUACGGUGUACCCAAAGGCGAAACAUCAGUGACGUGUACGGCUGGCGUGGGGACAUUUCUAGUUGAGUUUGGUGCGCUCAGUCGACUCACCGGUAACCCUAUUUAUGAAGAUGUUGCUCUCAAUGCAGUCUUCUCUUUGUGGGAGCGCCGCUCGGCAAUUGGCCUUUUUGGCAACCACAUUGAUGUACAAACAGGACGCUGGACUGCAUUUGACUCUGGUAUUGGAGCAGGUGUUGAUUCAUUUUUUGAAUAUCUGGUAAAGGGUUCAAUUAUGCUCAACCGGCCAGAAUUGAUGGAGAUGUUUCAUGAGGCUCGUAAAAAUAUUGACAAAUAUCUGAAAAAAGAUGACUGGUACGUGUGGGCCAACAUGAAUAAAGGUCAGGUGACAUUGCCAGUUUUUCAAUCCCUGGAAGCUUUUUGGCCCGGCGUGCUAAGCAUGUUUGGCGACAUAGGACCGGCAAUGCGCACUUUGAUAAAGUACAGUACAGUUUGGCGAAAAUAUGGCUUUCUGCCUGAAUUUUUCAACAUACCGCUAGGAGAAGCCUCCGCAAAUAGAGAAGUAUAUCCCUUACGUCCUGAACUGAUCGAGUCGGUGAUGUAUCUAUAUCGAGCAACGCAAAAUCAAUUUCUGUUGGAGUUGGGUGAAGACAUAUUGCAAACAAUUGAAUUUAGUGCUAAGACACGAUGUGGAUAUGCAACGAUACGCAAUGUAGUUACCCAUGAGAAAGAGAACCGAAUGGAAUCAUUCUUCCUCGCAGAAACGACUAAAUACCUUUACCUCCUUUUCGAUGAGGAGAAUUUUCUACACAACGACGGUGCCAUAGGAGAUCGUUUGGAAACUCCAUAUGGCGAGUGUGCCGUAAACGCAGGUUCCUAUAUAUUUAACACCGAAGCGCAUCCAGUUGACAUGUCUGCGCUAUAUUGCUGUCACGACAUAAAGGAAGAUAUUAUUGACGGUCUCGACUUGGAUAUAUUUAAGGACGAAGCUUUGCUCAGAUCCGAUCGUGAAAAAUUGAUCCUUGAGCGAGAACUGCGUGAAGAAUAUUUGUGCCAAGAGCAGUCUACUAAUAAUAAAAAGAAUCUAAAAUCAAUAAAGGACACAUCCAACGAAAAAAAUCCAAUAAAGGCUGAAUCCACCGCACCAGUUGACAUUGAUGUAUUUGAUGAGUAUGACAAUCCCGCAGGCGAUUUGCUGGUGGAGAAUUUUGAACGCAUCAAGAAUGAACAAAAGUCAAGUCUCCCUUCCGUCGGUACCGCGGAAGUUGUUGAAGAGCAAAGCGUAUCAUCUAAUCAUUUAACAGUAAGAGAUUUAAACGAGUUUUUCAGUAUGCACCGCGAUGAUUUUCUGCACCCAGAUCUGGCGCUGCACUAUGUUUUUGGCUUUAUGCGUAAUUUUACACUGGAUGCACCCUUCAUAACGGGACUACAAUUGUUGCAUAAAAAUGUAACCGCAGUACUGGGAAUCGCAGUGCAAAAAGAGUAUGAAAGCCGGACGCGUACACUCUGGGAGCUGUAUGAGUUGCAGCAGCAGUAUAAUGCAAAUAUUGAGUUGAUAACAAGGCUAGGUAUACUUGAAUUUGACGAUAGCGACUUUAAAUUGCUUGACCGAGUAUUGAGUGCACUUAAUAACACUGGUACUGGGGAUUUGGCAAUGACCGAUGAGGCUGAAGAUGCUUCACUGCGUUUAAUGCUUCGGCAAAUGGCUUUAUUGCAUGCAGACUAUCAGCAGACGUUAGUAAACACAACUGCCAUGCAAGAGUUCCUAUUAAAAAUACUUAUUAAUGGUACCUCCGAGAAGAAACGUAGUUUCGAGCCUUUGCUAAAUGACACCGAGAUACAAGGACUAUUUGAAGAAGGCAAUGAGAGGCAAAAAUAUGCACCGCUGCCGCUAUUUGCUCACGUGCGUAGAAUUGUGGAGUUCAAAAAACGAAUGAUUGAAACAUUUGACCGCUUACAAGCGUUAAUGGCAGAAAGUGAAAGCCAACGUAAGCAGGUAGAAACAGUUAAUCCCGAUGAUACGAGCCAAAAUAGAAACUCUAAAAAGGGCGAUCAAAAGUCAUCGUACGUUAAGAGCCAAAAUAAAGAUGUGAAGCUUACUAAAGCUGAUAAUGCUGGUGGUGGCGAUUCGGUUUGGGCGCAGUUGGUACAAACGAUUUUGCGUAAGACCACAAAUCAUCGUUACGAAUUCAAUGAGGCGCUACUGCAUGAAAAAACGAGGCUCUCUCUACAAAGUUACACAACGUACAAACAUACAAAUUCAACAGCAAAAGUGAAAACGCGUAGCGGUUAUGAAGUAUUCACCUGUGAUGCACCCAAGUUCCUGGAUAAAUUCGCCUAUCGUGAAUAUUACCCAUAGCGCUGUUAUAAAAUUUGCCAUCGGUGCCAGUCCUGGUUUAUUGGUGCAUUGCGUUUAUUAUACUUAACUAUUAAUUUCCAAGACUUACAACGAAGUUUAAAACCAUUUUCAAAAGGUAUCGUGGUUUUGAUCCAAUAGCCGAGCAGGCUGGGCUAAGGUCUAGUUAAAGAAAAAAAAAUUGUUGUAAAGGACAAGCAAAAAUGAGUGUUUAAUAUAAAAAAAAAAUAUAUUUAUUAUAAAAUUUUGCAUUUGAAACCAGGUCAAGGAGAGUA